AUGCGUCAGCGGGCGCGCGGGCGAGACUUUGUUUGCAGGAGUAUGCGCUCGGGUAUCGUAGGUGCGCGGCACACCAAUUCAUGCGAUAUGAAGCUGUUGUCGCUAAUGCGCGGCGCGUUCGGGAAUCCCGACCCCGGACUCGGCUUUACAACAGCCGCCCAAAACGUCAGAGCCCCACCAAGCCUGUCUAAAAUGUCAGCAAGUCGCAGCGCAAUGACCAGAACUGAUCAAUGGAGCUACUUGACACCGCACAACUAUCUUGCCCGUUACAGAGUUCUAUUGAAAUUUGGCCGACGUACGGGAGCUCGACCUACACUUCUCACCCGAACACCGAGACCAGGUGCUAAGAGCCUAGCACUGCGACUCGGCGCGAAAUUGCAUCCAAACCGUCCUAUCUUGAUGAUUUUGAGAACAUAUAUACGCAGAAUGCAUGGUUUCCAUGUCGUCCACAUCGUCGCGACGUGUAGAAUAGGAACCUACCAUCCGCCCUUCGGCGUGCAAAUUGCGCUCCGUACUUUACCAAGAACGUCGCCCGCUCCCCCGGCACCCCGCGUCAAAGACGCGUCCGGCCUGGAUACAUCUCGGAACCCAAUGCAUUUGAAUAAACAACUGAUUCUGUGCACAUUCGUCUGUUCCAGAGGAUACUCCAAGGCUGCUGACAGUUUGGACCAUCCUGCAAUCCAAGAGGCGCGACUGACAUUUUGGACAUCCUCUGCAAAAUCCAUAAGUGACAGCAUACUUCCGCCGGACAAAGCCUGUAUCAUUUCCCUCGCGGCUACUGUGCACAGCGACAUGACCGCGCACCACCUCGAUCAGUCGACUUCAACAGUCGCUGCUUCAUACGCGCUCUCUGGACUCCGCAUAACUCGCAAGGCCUCGACAGUUAAGUACCACAGCAUCUCCGAAUUCUCCCGCCAGCCUUCUCCCUCUCCUCUCUUACAGCACGCGUUCUCUCGUAGUUUGAUCGACCACAUCCCGACUUUGCACCGGCGACGCACCGUUCUGUUUCUCAAACUCCGCUGCAUAGCGCCCGACCGCAACAUGCACCAGGUCAAAGAGUCUUUAACACCAGUCAGCAAUAAUGACCGGAGGAUUCCCUCUCUUCGCCUCCGCAGCCAUAAUGGCUUCUCGCACAACCAGGCACCUCCGCCGAACAGUGACUCUCCACCUCCUCACUCGGACGACGACAUGCUCCAGCAGUACACGCCGCUGUCAGCACUCGACAAGCUGGAGCGUAUCCGCCUCAGUAUCUCAUCUCGCUGCAGGAGUCAGGCUACUAGGGUUAUGAUGAAUGCUAGCGAGCAAGGCGACGGCCUUUUCUAUACACACCUCGGACAAGCUGCGCGCUUGCAGGUCAACCAACACCCUCCAGAAGCCAAGCGGACUGCUGACAUGGGUCCUGGAGCACUGAAGCGCUGCAUUCCCGGUCGGUCCGCAGCGUUCGGUAAAGACAACAACUUUUCACCCUCAACAUUCAGCGACGACACCGGCUGUUCAGCCACCUCCAACACCUCAUACUGA